AUGGCGAUACUAGACAGAAGCAGAGGCGGAUACAGGGUGUUCGUCGGGGAUUUGGGUAGCCGAGUCGGAAAGCAUGAAUUGGAAAGGGAGUUUGGAGUAAUUGGAGAUAUAACAGAUGUUUGGGUCGCAAGGAAUCCGCCAGGCUUUGCUUUCCUUGUGUAUAAGUAUUCUGAUGAUGCAGAGCGAGCAGUGCGGAAGCUCCAUGGAAGGUUAGUGUGUGGUCGGAGGGUACGAGUUGAGCACGCUAUUCCGUAUGGGGAGAGAGCAGCAGCUAAAGCUAUGCGUAGUAGCAGAUACACCACUGACUACAAAUAUAGGUCACAUUCAUACUCAAGAUCACGCUCAAAAUCACAUUCCCAGCCACGUUCAUCAUCAAGGAAACGAAGGCGAAGUUCUCGCUCCCGUUCUAAAGAAAAUCGAUACAAAAGGAGCAGACGAUCAAGGUCAUACUCAAGGUCAAAUUCAAGGUCAAGGUCCCCCAUGAGUAAGAGAUUCAGAAACAGACGGAGGUCAAUAUCACAGAUGAGAAAACACAAGUCAUAUUCUCGGUCAAGGUCAAGGUCAAUGUCAAGGUCUCACAAGAGAAAGAAAAGCAGACAGUCAAAGACACAUUCAAAAUCCAAGUCCCCAGGACAGGUGGUGAAUGGCAAGACAGUGUCUCAACAAAAUUCCUCAAAGUCACAAGAUCUCAACCAUGGAGAUAGAUCCUCCAGGUCAGAAUCACAGGAUCGUAAUCACAGAGAUAGACGAUCACGGUCCAAAUCACAAGAUUGUAACCAUAGAGAUAGAUCCUCCAGGUCAGAAUCACAGGAUCGUAACCACAGAGAUAGACGCUCAAGGUCAGAAUCACAGGAUCGUAACCAUGGAGAUAGGUGCUACAGAUCCCAGUCACAAGACAGUAACCACGGAGAUCCAUGCUCUAGGUCCAUGUCUCCACCAUUACCAGUGAGCUCUGAAGACCUGAACAGCAGUAAACUGUCCGAGGAGCAGCCCUCCUCACCAACAAUACAAUGUAACAACAAAGAGUCACCACAGACAUCACCCAAGAUUAACCAAUUGUUGUUUAACUCUAGUCAGCAACAGUCACUGCUGGAAAGCAGUCACACAUCAUCCCCAAGGUCUAGGUCAAGGUCAUUUUCCCCUGUAACCAUAAAGAAAUUUUCAAAUGAUUGUCUGGAGAUGCCUGGGAUUGACAAGCUACGUGACCAUAGUCCUAACUCCAUGGUACUUCAGACUUGUAAAGACCCAUUGAACCACAGCAUUCCAAAAGAAGGCACCAGUUGUGACAGUGAUGACAGGUGUCAUGGAAAUGCUGGAAUGAACACAACACUGGAUUACUUGGAUUCCCCAACGGAUGUUACUGCAAGUGAUGCAAUCAGCAGGACCAAAGACUCCAGUAAAUCCAACGGCGACUCCAUUAAUUCAGAAGGGGACUCAAGUAAUGUGACUGGUGACUGCAUAAAUAUGACCGGUGACUCUAUCAAUGUAGCUAGUGACUCCAGUAAUUUGACUGCAAACUCAUCCAAUAUGACCGGUGACUCCACCAAUAUGACCAGCGACUCCAUCAAUAUGACCAGUGACUCCACCAAUAUGACCAGCAACUCCAUCAAUAUGACCAGCGACUCCAUCAAUAUGACUGGUGACUCCAUCAAUAUGACCAGUGACUCCAUCAAUAUGACUGGUGACUCCAGUAUGUUGGAUAUUGAGAGCUAA